GAUCUAUGGCGUCCUUCUACAUGUAAACGUCAAAUUACAGGAUUAUGUUUUAGUCUUUUCGUAUUCAAAUGACGUAGUUCGUGUGACUCGGUGGUAUCAUUAGCAGUAAACAAUGAAAUAUACGUUGAUUUACCACUUGUGGUACAUCAUUUUGGGAACGCAGCUGACAUAUGCAUUUAAUCCGUUUAUGGACCAUGAUCUUCAUUCCAUUGACUGGGUUGGUUCAAACGAACUUAACAAUGUUGCGGUAUGUACAGAUAUGAUCAGUCAUUAAAAUAACGAGUUUUGGAAUUCCACAUACAUUAGCGAACUGCUACCGCUUACUGCCACUGGCGUGUUGCUAAUAACGGGGGACUGAAAAAUCGGCCUAUACCUAAAAUUGAGAAGCAUCGAAUUUUACAACAUAAGAUUAUGUUUGACAAUGUCGUUCGAACUCUAUAUAUGUGAUAACCGGUUUAUAAAACCCUACAGAGCUUUAUAAAGCCCUACAGAGCUUUUGUUGAACGUAUUGUAGUGCCAACUUUGAAAACAAAACAAAAAUACACCGCAUCCCAGGGGUUAAUCUCAGCGAGAUUGGUCGAGGCUGGAUAUUUGGACUGACGUCUCUUCCGGAAGAGGUGUCAGUCCAAAUAUCCAGCCAAUAAGCCUCAACGAAUCUCGCUGAGAUUACCCAGGGGUGAGCAUUUUCUGUGAUCUCUAGUUGACAAGACCUGUCCAAUGAUGUGUUAUGAACCAUUUCAGCAUUUUGCAAAUUCUAUGGUCGUUAUAAUGAUCUAGUUUGCCUAUCAUUUGGUCAAAUGCUGUCUGACGUGUUUCAUGCCGAUUGUUUGGCUGUUCUUGGAGCAUUGAUUUUGACUAUGGAUAACUCCGUUUACGUGAUGAAAAUAUAGGGCUCACAAUGGGUGUGACCGGUCGACAGAGGAUUGAUUGAUUGAUUGAUGUUUUUUGCCACACUCAACAAUUUUUCAGUUAUCUGGUGGCGCCCAGUUUUUAUUGGUGGAAGAGAGAACCCAGAUACAAUAUACCUGGGAAGAGACCACCAACCUCCCACAAGUAAACUGGGUGGGAAACUUUCUCACCGGUGCAAGCAAGAUUCGAAUCCGCGCCGACCAUAGGUGAGAGGCCGUGUGAUUUUGAGCGCGAUGCUCUAACCACUCGACCACGAAGGCCCUAUGCUUACUUUUCCUAGGCACCUGAUCGCACCUCAGCCAGGAGACAAUGUGAUUGUAAUGAAAACUAAAGCCAAUGAAAAGUAUACAUGCAUUUUACCUGAAAGUGCUGAAACAUUGGAGGAGGAACUGAGAAAAAAUUAUGAUGGUCCUAGUCCUGAUGCAUUGAUUAGUGGUUUGUUUGAACAAAAUUCUUGCUCAUAUAGGAUUGAAAGUUACUGGACAUAUGAGUUAUGUCAUGGAAGAUAUUUAAGACAAUACCAUGAAGAUAAGGAACUGAGCACUAAAAAGCCACAAGUACAGGAAUAUUUUCUAGGCUAUUUUGGACAUUACAGACCUUCAAAAGGACAAGAUUUAACAAAAGUGUUAAAGGAGAAACUUCAACCACAGCAAAUCAAAACUAAAAGAGUAGACGAUAUAGAACUACCUUACUAUGAAGUAAAUAUGACAGAGGGAACAGAGUGUGAUCUAAGCAAAACACCACGACAAGUCCGAAUUCUGUACAUCUGUCAGCCAGAUGGGCGUGGGGAAAUAUACGAGUUGAAAGAAACGUCAACAUGUGAAUAUGAAGUAUUGGUGCUUACAUCUGUUCUGUGUGCAAAUCCUAAGUUUAAACCAAAGAAUCCACCAGUUAGCAAGAUAGCAUGUCAUGCCAUGGCUGGCUCACCCACCAGACCUAAAGAUCUGGAUCAUGAGUUUCAGAUACAUCCCAAUGCUAAAGCAUACACUGUACGGAUUAGUCCAAAUGAGGAAGAAGAGGAGGAGGAAGAAGAAGAGGAAGAGACAACUCCAGAUAGUCAACCUUCCAAGAAAGAGCCACCUCCUCACAAACCUGUGGACACCACGCUGUCGUCCACCACCGACAAUCAGGUUCUGAGGGACUUCCUGUCUGGAGACCACUGCCUCCAAGGAGGAACUGGUUGGUGGAAACACGAGUUCUGUUUUGGAAAGUAUGCAAGGCAGUUUCAUGAUGAUCCAGAAGGGAGGACAGUUAUCUACCUUGGACAGUGGAACGAACUGAAACACUUACAAUGGGUGUCUAAAAAUCCCUCAAAAAUGCCAAAAGACAAGGGCAAAAGAAAGUCAUUAUCCUUACUGUUCACUGAUGGAGAUGAAUGUGAAGUCACAGGAAAAAGAAGAUUAGCUGAAGUUAGAUUGAAAUGUGUAGAAAAAACUUUAGCACCACAUUCAGUCUCCAUUUACCUCAUAGAACCAAAGACUUGUGAAUAUAUAAUGGGGAUUGAAUCUCCAUUAUUUUGUUCCAUACUGGACAGGGCUGAUGAGUAUGGCAUUAUAAAGGACACAAAGGUUUAAAUAGAACUUCAUGGAAAAAUGAAAUCCAAAAGUCUUUCAUGUGAUAUGCAUGUUUGUGUGGAAAAAUGAAUGUUUUAAAUGGUGUACAAUUGUUGCAGUUACUGUACUGGAAUUUGGGUAUUCUUCUGUUUAAAGAAAAUGUUAUUUUUAACUUUUAUCCAAUUUUGUGCAUCUUGUUUUGAUUGGCUACAACUGUAUUUUAUCAAAUUCCUUUGACUCUUCAUGUAACAGAAAGUAAAUGUUGUUAAAAGUAGGUCAUCAUGUUAUGUUCAGCAUUGUAUAUUCCACUGAUUUGUGUUUGUUAUGAAGUGUCAUUCAUACAUGUUUAUAAACACUUAACAGUUUAAUAUUGAUUAUUAUUACACUGGACUAUUGUUCUCUAAAAUUAUGCUAUGCAGACAUCAUGUCUUCCCAGGGUUAUAUACAGACAUUUGAAUUAUUAAUAAAGUAAAUAAUAAUUUUAACUACAUGUACUUCUAUACAGGAUUCCUGUUAUAAUCAGUAUUUUGUUGUAUUGAUGGCUAUUAUUAGGGGCCAAGCAUAGUUGUUACAGUAAGGCCAAAAUAUAUGUUUGUUUCCUGUUACUCGACCUCAAGGCUGCCAAUCUGAAUUUUUUCUAACCAAAUUUCCGGGGAAAAAAUAAUUUCUAGAUUAGAAUUUGUUUUAAUUCUGAUCAGGGUUAGCUUAUAAAUAAACAAAAUGGCAGGUUCCAGCGGCAUGGGAGCUAGCCUGGUUACUGUGAUUAACAUUCAAAGGCAGUCAUCACAGUAAGAACUCUGUGAUUACAUCAUUUAGUAACUUGAGUACUUUCUUGGAUAAUUAUGGUCAUUUUAAGGUCAUGUCUGAAAGACCCAUGAUUUUCACUUCUAAAUGUAGAGUAAUUGAAGAAGGAUAAAUCACUACGUGUGUUUAUAUCUUCACUUUGAUGCAGGGUCUUGACUCACAACCUCCCGAUUAUGAAGCAAAUGCUCUACCACUGUAAGGAUACUACACCUGGGUGCAGGGUCUGAUUUCUUAACUUUUAGGUCUGACACUGUGACCCAUACUUUAUGCAUGAUCAACUCUUGUUAUUUAGUUCUUAGUUUAGGUCCAUUUCUUGAAGUUGUGUAAACCAACCCCCUAGAAAAAUAAUGAUAAAAUAAUAUCCACCUUGAUUUUUUUGCCAUAGUAACAGGGAACAAACAUAUUUCUUGGCCGAAUCACUGUACAGUCUGUCUUUCACUAUUUUGUGAUAUUUAAUUAACUAGAGUUCAUGUUCAGUAUAUAAUUUGAUAAUGUGUGGGAGAUUCUUUUAGAUUUUCAUUUCCAAAGGUCUAUAUCUAUAGAUUUUGAUGUCCAAAGGCAAGAUGAUGGGUAUUUUUGAACUAACAGACAAAAUAUUCAUUAAUUACAUGUAUUCAUCUUUGCUAGCCAGGAGUUUUUAAUGCACUAAACUCUAUACAAAUCCUUAGCCCAUUGGGAUUUUUAAAAAAACCAUUACAAAGCAGAUGUCAUUGACGAUCUACAUGUAUGUACAAAAUGCUCCUUGACUAUAUUCCCUACAAUUAAUAAGCUCUGUAAACAAUAUUCUGAAUGAUAAACCAUGCAGCAACUAUCCCUUGCACUAAAUAUUCUUUUCUUCAUAAGUAUAAAAAGAUAUGGUGAAAUAAACAAUCCCAACCAUACCAUAAUGGGCCAAGGAUUUGUGAAGAGCUUGUAGCAUGUCAAAACCUACAGGCUAGUGAAAAUGGUAAUUAAGUAGAUAAUGGUCAGAGGAAAAUGUCUACAGAUAUUCAGGUCACUAGAGCAAAGGCCAAGGGAAAAAAUGAUAGUGUGGUUGCCUGUGUAGUACAUGUAUUUGGGGCUAUAUGGACCAUGGAUUGCUCAGUAGUUAGAGCACCUGACUAGUAAUAGUAGUUCGAGGACCUGACUAGUAAUUCAGAGCUCGAUUCCCAGUCCAACCCUAAAUUUUUUCUUCCUAUUUCAUAUAGAUACACACACACGCACACUGUCUAAUCGUCUUAAACUCGAUGGGGCUGAGGGGAAAACUUGAAAUACUGAGAUUAAAAUACAUAAAGAAAAUGUAGUUGGGACUUCCAACUCGCUUUGACAUAUCCAUGGUAUUUGAGAUAUCAAUGUCUGAGAUAUAAUAUACAUGUGUGUAUAUAUAUAUGUGUGUGUGUGUGUGUAUUGCAUAGGCAAGUCUGUCGCCCAUUGGACUUGCUGGUGAAGGUCCUGCCAGGGGCACUUGAUCUUGAUUAUGUCUUCGAGGGCAAAGACAAUUUCAGGAAGGAGAGAUGUAGUAUUUUGGGUUAUGUGGACUGUGGAUAUUGGCCCGAAUAGCUCAGUGGUUAGAGCACUUUACUAUUAAUGCAUUACAUUACAAAUUCACAGACAAUUCAUAUAUAUAUUACAUAUGACAGAAUAACUUGAGCAUUGCUCAACCUGUAAAUCUCGUUAAUUGGAACAAUGGUUGGUGCAAGGUAAAAUUAUAGACAACUUAAUAGUUUUUUUAUUACACUAGGUGAAAGUAACAUAUUGACUUCAUGUUACAGUACACCCUGAAUGACUCUGUAUUUAGUUUUGUUUAGAGUGUACAAAGAGUUAAAAGAUAUUGAAAAUACAUUGUAGUGGUAAGCUGUUCUAUAUAUUUGGGAAGAAUUUUUAUAUUAUUGAACUUUUAAUUUCCGUACAUCUGUUGCUUGUUCUUGUUACCUUGUAUUGUUUAGCCUAGCCGGAUAUUCAUGACGAUAAUGAGGUGCAAAUUUUGUAACUUUGUGGGAUUACAAAUUUGAAUUGUAUAAAUAAAAAUCUUACAAAGCUUA